UGGUGGUACAUUUCUGUUUCAUGCUUCCAAAUCAUUUUCUAGUUUCUCAAAUGAAUUGAACCCCCAUUCCCACAAAACCCUUUAAACCCCAAUUAGUCAAAAUCCAUGUUUUUCCCCUUUGCAUGUUGUGGGGUUGGAAUGUUGGAUAGAAAAACUCUGAUAUGACUCAUAUGAGGAACAGUUAAGCUCAGCCUCUUAGCUAGUCUAGCUAUUUCAAGCUGUUUUUCCUUUUUUUUUUUCUGUGUAUUAAAUUGCUCUCGCAAUUUUGACCCGGGUGUCGUGAAGCCAAAGGUUUCAAACUCUCGAUCUAGGGUUCAAACAAUCACUUUUUACCGCUGCGACCGACACCCAUUGGCUACUGCUUCAAAUAGUCACUUUUUACUGCUGUGACCGGAUUAUUUCAUGAACAAAUUGCUGGCUGCAGACAUGAUUACGUUAUUACCUUGAAGAAGUAGCAAGUUUAACAAUGUUUCUCAAAGUCCAACUGUCAUGGAAUGUCAUAAUUGCUGCUGAAAAUCUGCAACAAGGAAGUUUAAUGCUUCAGCGAGCAAUCCUCAUCCGCCUUCUGGGUGACUUUGCUGCGAAAAGGGCCACCAAAGAUCUGGGUUAUUUUACUGCAGUGACUACACUGGAUAAAGUAGGAGAAGGAAAAGUCAGACAGCAUACUGGGGAUGUGCUCUUCCCUGUUGUUUUCAAUGGUGUGACCUUCAAGCUUUUCAAGGGGGAGAUACUAGAGGGUGUUGUCCACAAGGUUCUGAAGCAUGGGGUUUUCUUGAGAUGCGGUCCGAUUGAGCAUGUCUAUCUCUCAAAUAUGAAGAUGGCUGAUUACCGCUACUUUCCUGGUGAGAAUGCUUACUUCAUGAAUGAAAAAGCAUCCAAGAUUGCGAAGGAUGUCACGAUCCGCUUUGUAGUGAUCGGUACAAAGUGGAUGGAGGCAGAAAGGGAGUUUCAAGCCUUGGUCAGUUUGGAAGGCGAUUAUCUGGGACCAAUUGCAUCCCCUGAUAUCUAGCUACAUUUUCUUGUAGUUUGUUUCUAUGUUGCAUUUGAGUCUGUUUUAUUUCCUGGGACAAAUCAUGGAACCCAUUAACCAAAUUAAUGCAGUGUGGAUUUGGUCUUGUGAAUAACAGAUUUGUGAUUCCUUCUA